AUGUCGCGCUCGCAAGCCUACGAACCACUCCGGGGCAGCGAAGCUCCAAGUCCAACCGACCCCCCCAGCCCAACCCAACUCAAGGAUGCCGAGGAGGGCCAUGCCGGCUCUGGGUCCAACUUCGGUGGCGAUGAAGAGAGGGCACAGGGUGCGGAGAGAGAGGCACCAAUCUCGUUGAAACAAGCGAUCGCGCCCCUGACAACGGCAGUGAAAUUGUGGUUCGUGAUGAGCUUAUUGUUGGUCAUUGUAGUAUUUAUUCCUGAAUGGCCAAAAGAUGUGGAGGUGGCAGGAGAUAUCACUGGAUUUGCGCGACAGAUAUCCGGGCACAUCACCACCUUUGUCCCGAACCCGGCAUUCGUUCCCGAGAACGGAUCCGCCUUCUUCACGGAUGAGGUCCAAGACAAAUGGCUCAGCAUCGUUCCGAAAGGACUGGGCUACGUCCAAAUCAACGACACGUCCCGGUACAAGAACCUGCCGAACCCCCUCAAGUCCCACCCGGACUCAACCUUCACCACGUCAGUGACCCACCAGCUGCACUGCCUACACGCCAUCGUCGGCGUCGUCGCGGCGUACACCUCCAACCGACUGGACAAACUCCCGCAAGAGGGUACCUGGCACCUGAACCACUGCUUUGACUACCUGCGUCAGAGCAUCAUGUGUUGUGGUGACAUGGCUUUGGAGGGCCAGCAGACGAGUUUCCCGGCGGGGUUUGUGGGGAGUGAUGGAUGGGAUGCCAUCCAUAUGUGUAAGGAUUAA